GCCACUACGGUAAGCACUUCUUUGGGACAGCUGCUUCGCUGACAUGGACAGUUUUGUCUCUGUGAACUACUGGCUGGGACUGCUAGCUGUUCUGCUUCUACAAGGGGUAGUCAGUGUGGAGGGAAGAAGCAUCUUCAACCCUGGUGAGUCUGCUGGUUUGGUGAAUGAAUGUGUGCUAGCUGCUGCCCUAUUUGAGGCAUAGACGACCUGAAGAUGUAGGCGGUCUGAGGACACUGGUUGCAACUAAUGGGUUAAUUCCCAGCUGUUUUGCAUGCAUUGUAAGUUGUUAUAAUGUGAGCAUGCAAAAGCAUACGGAUAAUUAUUUUGUUGGUGUUCUACGGCAAAGUCAUUUAGUGUUUUCUUGGCAAUUCAAUUGUGUUUGUCUAACAAUACUGAUAAUACUGCACUGUGAAUGUGGCUCAGUUUAAAGGGGAUAUUGUGUAAUUAUAUUUUUAUGUACACUAGGUGCUUUUGAAGUUGUUUACAGUAAAAUCAGAUGUACUGCCGUUUUUUCCCCACAUAUUCAGGAAACCAUGUAUAUCCCCAAAGAGGAGACACAGACGCCCAGAACAAGAUUCUAGCGUUGUUGCUACAUAGAAGCUUAGAACCUAUUGAAAGAAAUGACUCUUUAGGUUUAGAGUUUGCCAACAAGCUAGCGGAGCUGAAGGAGAUAGAGGCUUUGAAGGAGGACUUGGAGCUGGAAAGGGAGCUCUCCUCAAACACACUAGCGGAGGACAAGUCCAUACUGCGGAAAAGGGUUGAGCCCUGUUUCUGGAAGUACUGUGUAUGACAGUACUUCCAGGAGCGCAGUACUGUACGUGCAGUACUGUCCUACUUAGAGAGGAGCCGCUGCAUUGCCCUAACGCCCCAACAACUCAACACGCUCACAGACAACAACACAACUCACCCAUUACCAAGUGUUUGAAUGUUGUAGCGUAACUAAUAUGCCAAUAUUAUAAUGUACUCAUCACUGUGCUGUAACCUCUGCGCUGAUGUCGCAAUAUCGGGCGUCUACAGGUGUUUAUAAUAGGUUCAAUGACGGUUGGGUCUAAAUCAGGGUGGGCAUAAGUGACAUUUUAUUUGUGUUGUUUUGCCUAAUUACCUUGUAGUGCAUAAUUACCUCAAACGACCAAAAUUACUUGAUCGCCAGUUCAGUACUGGAUGUAACGUUUCAGAUGCUUCUCUACAGGACUCCAACUUUUGAGAUGACAAGGAGUUAUCAGCAUUUCUCUAAGAGUGAAAGGUAUUGUUGUAACAGCCUAACAUCGUCUGCUGACAAAGGACUUGGUCCAUGUUUCCACACCCAGAGUAACUGUCCUCUUCUCAACCUGUUGACUUUGUCUUCCUCUAGUGGUAAAUGGGUGCAGUGAUGCAAUUCAUGUACUUUCCAUUGUCAAGUAUCAGUAUUGCUUUGAUGAAAUAUCAGUAUUGCUUUGAUGAAUGUGUUAGC